GGUCAGUACAGAUGUCUUAUGCAUUGCAGUUAAUUUGUCCGCACAGAAUCUGCGGCUAGCGUAGCCUACUUCAGCGCCACAGGAGAAAGUGUUUGGUACGAUAAUGAUUCAGAGACGACUGAGCACGACUCAGUCCAGCGGAUCCUGCGAAAUCUGGUGGGAGGGAUUGUGAUGUGAACGCUUUCCGUCAGGUGUUUUGGUUUGUCGCCACUGAAAAUUCACAAUUCAUUCGACUGCUGCUCAGAAGCGCCCGGGUGCUGGAAAUGUACGAAGGAGAAGAGGAUUCCAGUGAAUUUAAUUGUGGAAAGUGAUUUACAACGUCGAACAUUUUCCUGGAGGAAAAGUGAGUUUAAUUCCACUCAUGCACUGCAUCAACAUGGAUCCCACUGAUACAAGACUUAUAAAUAGGAAAACCUUUAGCUUGUACCUUCAACUGAAAACCAUCCAAAAAGUACAAUGAUUUGCUCGAAGCAUCCCGGCCACUUUAGCAUCGCAAGCAAUGGUGAAUAACGACCAGUUUGGGAAGAGGAUGUGACUUGCCCCGCCGAGCAUUAUGAGACAAGCGGUGACCACGCUGUCGAUGUGGGGAGAGAGGCACUUUGGCUACACCACCCUGAGGGACUCCACUGAAACGCUGGGCGACGAGAGGUGGCCCCAGAUACCCCGUCUGAAGGAGGACUCCGUCAUCGAGGAGAAGGAGGUGGAGGAGGACAGUGGCAUUGAACAGACGCCCACCUCCGAGGAGCAGGACGCCAUAGUGGGGCUGGCCUCCGUGUUGCCCGUGGAGGCGACCAACGGAGGAGGGGAACAAGACCAGGACCUCCGGCAGCGUCUGGAGGCGCAGCAGCCUAAAGUCUGCAAGCUUCCGUUUGUUGCCAAGUCUGAGAAGGAGCCAGGUGGAGAUGGAAGGGGUGGAGGAGGAGGGGCAAACUCUCUGGCUACUCCCAGCCCUGACAACGACCACCCGGCUGGGAGCCUCGGUGAAGCCACCACGCCGCCUCCCGGCGCUCUCGGAGAGGUGGCCCCUGUGUGGGUCCCCGACUCACAGGCCCCGGCCUGCAUGAAAUGCGGCGCCAAGUUCACUUUCACCAAGAGGAGGCACCACUGCAGGGCCUGUGGAAAGGUGUUCUGUGUAGUGUGCUGCGAUCAGAGGUGCAGAUUAACACACCUGGAUGGGAAGGAGGGGCGUGUCUGUGUCAGCUGUCACUUCACUCUCAUGAACCGGUCGGCUCCCAAAGACCAGCGAAGGGUGUGGUUUGCAGAUAGUCUCUUGCCUGACUCGGAUGCAAGGGACUCGGCUGGAACGCCGGAUCACAGACCCCCCAACUCCUCCCAGCCAAGCAGACCCUUGGUGCUGGGGACCGGAGGAGAUGCUGUGGAGGUGGAUGCUCCCUCUGGCUGGGGUAUGGGGGCUCUGGUGGGAAGCCCCAUUGGUAGUUCCUCUAACCUGAUUCCAUCUGAAGGCCUUCCUCCUAUUCUUACAUCAACUGGAGUCAAGGGAGACUACACGGUGGAGGAGAGGCCCUCUGAGACAUCUCUCAUGGUGGAGUUAGAAGGGGGCAGAGCAGAGCCACUCGUCUUCGUCCUCAACGCCAACCUGCUGGCCAUGGUCAAGCUCAUUAACUAUGUAAACAGGAGGUGCUGGUGUGUCAUGACGAAGGGGAUGCACGCGGUGGGCCAGGCGGAGGUGGUGGUGCUGCUGCAGUGCCUCCCUGAUGAGAAGACCUUUCCCCGGGACAUUUUCAGCCACUUCAUCCAGCUUUAUCGAGACGCCCUCACAGGAAAAGUUUUAAAUCACCUUAGUCACUCCACCGCGAGCAGAGGCCUGCUGGGCAGCAAAGAGCACGCUGGGUUCCUGUACAUCCGCCCCACCUUCCAGUCUCUGGACGGUCUCCCGCUGCCCAGCCAGCCCUUCCUCUUUGGGCUCCUGAUCCUGCGGGCGGAGACCCCCUGGGCCCGGGCCUUCCCCCUGCGUCUCAUGCUCCGCCUGGGGGCCGAGUACCGCUUUUACCCUUGUCCCCUAUUCAGUGUCCGCUUUCGGAAGGCUCUGUUUGGAGAGACCAGCCACACUAUCAUGAGAUUGCUUGUGGACUUCCGUUUCUACCGCUACACGUUGCCAGUGGUGACGGGAUUGAUGGUGGACAUGGAGGCUCGUAGCACCUGUAUAAAAAUACCCAAAGCCCGUCACAGUGAGUUGUUGAAGGCCCUGAACAAGUCGAAUGAGCAUGUGUUGGCCAUGGGCGCAUGUUUUAAUGAGAAUGCAGACUCACACCUGAUCUGUGUACAGAGUGAGAACGGACAGUACCAGACCCAAGCCAUUAGCAUCCAUAACAAGCCCCGGAGAGUUACCGGUGCCUGCUUUUUUGUGUUUAGUGGAGCACUUAAAAUAUCCUCUGGAUACCUCGCUAAGUCAAGCAUUGUGGAAGAUGGUCUGAUGGUCCAAAUCACCAUGGAGAGCAUGGUAGAGCUGCGACGCUCCUUGCGUGAGAUGAAGGACUUCACCAUCAGCUGUGGGAAGCUUGACCAGUCUGACAACCAGGAAUGUGUGUACAUCCAGUGGCUGGACCAAGAGCCACGUUUCAACAAAGGAAUCUCCAGUCCCAUUGAUGGUAAAUCCAUGGAGUCCAUCACCAGCAUUAAGAUGUUCCAGCGCUCUGAGUACAGGGCCAACGGCAAGGUCAUCCGCUGGACAGAGGUGUUCUUUCUGCAGAGGGACAAGCAGGCCAACGGGCCAGCAAACCCCACCAGCUACAGCCGCCUGACGGAGAGGCUGGCCCGAGCCUUCUGCCUGGCCCUGUGCCCUUAUCUGAAGUUGCUGAAGGAGGAUGGCAUGGCCAAGCUCGGCCUGCGGGUCACACUGGAUACUCAGCGUACGGAUUACGUUGCGGGCAGCAAUGGGCAGCCCCUUCCCACUCAGUACAUGAAGAUACUGGACAGUGCCCUGACGCCAGUGAUACAGGCGGGGACCCUGCAGCAGGGCGAGGGACCCCUGCAGAUGGAAUUUUUCUUCUACAUCCAGGAGAACAUCUCCUAGAGCCGGAGGUCACCCCCCUCACACCCAGGACUCCCGUCUCCUACAUGCAGGAGAAACGUCUCCCAGAGAUGGAGGUCAUCUUCUGCAUCUAGGAGAAACACAUCUCCUAGAGAUGGAUUUUCUCCAGUCUGCCCCCCUCCCCCCAACCCCUCCUGCCUGCCUCUUUACUUUAUGAUUAUACCUGCAUCCCCCUACUCCCAUAGAAGUCAUAUUAGUGCCAACUGCCCCAUCGACGGCAAUCACCCUGCCCCAGCUGGCAGAGAACAUCGCAAGCAUGGUGCCAUUUUUCCUGCUCCUGACAAAUCAUUCCCAUGAAGUUAGAUGCCGCAUGACCAGUGGCCAUCUUGAUUUUUAUUUGGAAAUACAAUGCCAGUAUUUUGAAUAGAACCUCCAGCUGCAGUACUCAGCCUUUAAAUAAAUCAUGGAUUCUUGGUUGGGGGAGAAUGGGGACACGUCCAUUCACUUUCUCCAAGUUGAAAAAAAAGACGAUGAGCGUUGAAAUAGGUAUUUUUUUCUUUUGAGAAGUACACGUAGAGAAAACAGCUUCAAUGUAACUCCAAGGUCCUUUUUAAAAAAAUGGACUUCCGAUGCAAUACAGUCUGUGUCUGUCUCUGAUCCAUGUAUUGUAACAUCUCAUGCUGAUGUACUACUUUCUCAACUGUGAAAACCUGAGGAUAAAAAUGCACACUUAGGCCAUGGAUGGAAAAAAAUGACAAAAUAAAUGGCCAUGAAUAACA